GUAUCACUGGGGGGGGGGGGGGGGGGUGAGACUCUUGUGACUCCUGCCUGACCUGUUGACAACGUUCUCCUUCUGCAGAAUUCAUCCACGAAAAGUCAGAUCUGUCGGAUCUGCUCCUUCUCUCCUGUCAGCGACCAGAAGGAAUCUCAGCCGAAAGGAUGGCAAUGUGCUCGCUGGUCACCAGGGUCAAAGCCGGCCGACGGUCCUUGGCGCUCAGGCUUAGCUUCCGUAGGCUUCCGGAGUGUUCGGGCACCACGGCAGCCCGGGGCGGGCGAACCCACCCGGUCCAGCUAGGGGGUUGUAGGCGGUGGUACUCCUCCGGGAGCCGACCGAACGACGGGCUGCUCUUCAGACAGCUGUUUGAAUCAGAGAGCAGCACCUACACUUACCUGCUGGCUGACAGGGAGACCAAGGCCGCCGUCCUCAUCGACCCAGUACUGGAGACCAUCGACAGAGACCUGAAGCUCAUCCAUGAACUGGGGCUCCAUCUGAAAGUAGCAGUAAACACACAUUGCCAUGCGGACCACAUCACCAGCACGGGGCUGAUGAAGACCAGGUUAGCCGGGCUUGAGAGUGCCAUCUCCAAACUCAGUGGUGCCUCUGCAGAUAUUCUCCUGUCAGAUGGAGACCAGAUCGCCUUUGGAAAACAUUAUCUGACCGUGAGGGAAACACCGGGACACACUGACGGCUGUGUGACGCUGGUGACGCAGGACCGGCACAUGGCUUUCACCGGGGACGCUUUGCUCAUCCGAGGUUGCGGCAGGACCGACUUUCAGCAAGGUUGUGCUAAAAGGCUCUACAACUCAGUUCAUGAGAAGAUCUUCACCCUGCCCGACCAGUGCCUCAUCUACCCAGCGCACGACUACUUAGAACGUGUCAAUGUUCCAGGACAGACGGUGUCUACUGUCGGUGAGGAGCGCAUGUUUAACCCUCGCCUGACCAAAAGCUUGGAGGAGUUUGUGAACAUCAUGGACAAUCUGAAUCUACCAAAGCCUUCCAAAUUAGAUAUUUCAGUGCCUGCUAAUCUGCUCUGCGGCGUUCAUCAAGUUUGAAUGCGCCGCACAAGAAGGCGAGAGUAAAUGUAUUUUUGUAGACAGUUGCGUCCUAGCAAGAUUCUGCUAAUCUGUUUUAUUCCUUUGUGUCUUUUAAAAAUGCCAACAGUGGAACCGUCCAAGUUUUUUUAAAUUUCCAAACACUCUCCAACCAACCUAACACGCAUGUUUUGGAAUGUGGGAGCGAGAAGCACCCCACACGCAUGGGGACAACAUGCACGCUCGGCACACAGAUGUCCAUCGCAGAUUCAAACCCAGAUCUUCCUGAUCUCCUGACUGUGUGGCCAGCAUACCACUAACCACUAGCCCACCGUGCGGAUCAAUUCAAGGAUCAAUACAUCCAUGUCUGUGAUACUAAGAUAAGAAUGUUUUUUCUUUGUUUUUUUUGUUUUCUGGCAUAUUGUACACUGGAUUGAAAAAUGAAGUCAAACACUGUGUACUUGA